GAGUCAAAAAAAGACAUCCUGUGGGUUUCGUGGCUCUUUCUCUUGUAUAUAAUAGUCUUCAGGCUGAUUGUGACAACCAAACAAAGUCUCCAGGCAUUGCCAGAUGUCCCCUUGGGGAGGAGGAGCAAAGUGGGCACUGGUUGAGAACCACUGCCUUGUGGCACAUUAGACCUAAUUAUCUGUGAAACAUGGAAAUCCAACUUCUGAAAAGUUCUGGGUGGUAGAGAGUUAAGGAAGAGGCUCUACUGGUCUCUGGGUAUUUGCAGAUGUAGCUGACUGCUCAUUUUUUCCCCCUCCCCAUCCUGUUAGAAGCUUUUGCCAACCAUGAUUCAUGGAAUGAUUUUUUUGAGCUGAGUAAUUUGUGGCUUUUCAGUUUCCUUACUUUCUUUCCUUAGCUAAAUUUGUUUUGGUUUUAGCAAAGUGUUUAAAACAGCAAAGAUCUUUGAAAAUGAAACAAUACAUGUAAUGAUAUAUUUUCUAAGUAGAUGAUUUUAACAAACUGUAAAACCCUUACACGCCUGUCCUUCUUUGUAUCCUUCGUACCUCCUCUGUCAGACAAAUCCUUUCAACUCUGAAGAAGAGCCUUACAAGGGGAAGACACAGCAACCUUUGAACAGUCCUUUGUGAAAUCUAAGGAUCGAAACGAACGAAAUAAACCAGAGCAUCGUUCUUCAAGCCAAGGACCCUUGUCAUCCAUUAGAGCAGUAAUCAAGAGAUCACUCAUGAAUAGUGCACAGCAAAAAUGCCCUGUGGACGAGCUUCUCGGACUUCUAUUCAGAGUGAGCUUCAUCGAGAUAGGAGGCGCCCAGAGAUCACCAUUGUGGCAGCUGAGCCACUGAGGCCGACCUCGUGGUUUCCAGGAGCCCCACCCCCAGGACUGGCAUUUCCCCCAUCUUCCGCAGCAGGCCCUUGGAGGCCCAGUGAGCUGGUUCCUGCCGAGCUCCCACCAUCGUAUGAACAAGUCAUAAAAGAAAUCAACCAAGUUCAAGUUAACACUACAAAUAAUAAUAAUGCUGCUGCCACUCCAAGGCACACUAUUACUUCAGCAACUCAGACUGACUUUUCAGAAGAAAUAGACAACCAUCUGCCUCAAACACUGCCGGCACCUCUGAAACCUCUCCUGCCUUCCCCAGCAGCCUCAGCCAGCGAUCCUCCGACAGACGAGACGCCUUUAAUAGUCUUCGAUAUUUCUGAAGAACAGAGUUGUCCAGAAAACUCCAGUGCUACAAGAUGUCCAGUGCCCAAACCAAGAUCAAAAAGCAACCUCAGACCAGUGGCCAGAGAGCCUCACGUUAAAGAGCCGGAUCCCCAGAAAAGCAGCCCUGCGGCCACGCCAGAGGAGGCAGCCCCGAGCCGGCCCCAGCCUCUGUGGGACGAUACCGGCCACUCGGACAGUCAGGCAGUGAUGAACAUUAUGAACGCAGAACGGAGCCCAAAUACCGUCGUUUCCAGGAUCAAAGCACUUGAGGGUCAGACAAAUGCGGAAAGCGUGGGACUGCCCAAGAAGCCAGAAAUUGCCCCCCGCACAGUCCCCCCGAGGCCUGCUCCUGCCUCGGGGAAACCCUCCGUGGCUCCCAAACUGGCAGCUGACAGAGCCUCUGGAGGCUGGGACUCCUGGACCACAAACAGACUCCGGGGGGCCUCUAGGGAAGGCCUCACCCCACACUCUGCACCGCAAGAAGCAGGGAGCGUCCCUGCAACCAAACCCGAAUUGCCAAAGAAACCGAAUCCUGGCCUCAUACGAAGUGUUAAUCCCGAGAGUCUGGGAGGAGGGUCCAUGGCCGAGAGCCCCGCCAGUGGGAAGAAAGCCCCGACUCCGGCUCCUCGGCCUUUGCUGCCCAAGAAAUCAGCUUCUGCAGGAGUGGCCCCCUACUCUGCGGCCUCAGAAGCGCCCCCCUACCCUGCGGCUUUGCUGAAACCCAUCACUGUGCCUCCCCGACUCUCCGUGGCGUCACAAGCCAAAGCGUUCAGGUCCCUGGGAGAAGGACCCCCGGCCAGCCCCCCAGUCCCGGUUCUGCAAAGCAAGCCUCCGGGGGACAUCGACCUCAUCAGCUUUGACGAUGAGGUUUUACCCGCCCCAUCUGGGAACCUGGCUGAAGACUCUAUUGAUUCAGAGGUGGUUCUGGAUCCCUUUCAGCUCCCCACAAGAACAGAACCAGCAAAGGAACGAGCAGUUCAACCAGCACCCACCAGGAAGCCCACUGUGAUUCGAAUUCCAGCCAAACCAGGAAAAUGUUCACAUGAGGAGGAUCCACAAAGCCCACCUCCUCUCCCUACUGAAAAACCCAUUGGAAACACCUUCAGCACAGUAUCCGGAAAACUCGGUAAUGCUAACAGAACUAGAAACUUGGAAUCUGACCAUGCUGGUCAGUCAGGAGGUUCUGUGCGAGGACCCCCAAAGUUGCCACCGAGACCUGUGAAUGGAAAAGGCAUACUAGCUCGACAGCCUGCUCCCAAGGGGGCCCCUGAGAGACCACCUCCCCCAAAACUUCCUGCAACCAGAGCAGCAGAUAAAAAGCUGCCUUUUAAUCGGUCUUCUUCUGACAUGGAUCUUCAGAAAAAAACAAGUAACCUGGCAUCUGGACUCUCAAAAGCCAAGAGUCAAGUCCUUAAAAAUCAAGAUCCGGUGCUGCCCCCUCGCCCCAAACCAGGACACCCUCUCUACAGGAAAUACAUGCUGUCUGUGCCUCACGGAAUUGCCAGUGAAGACAUUGUCCCACAAAACCCUGGAGAACUUUCUUGUAAGCGUGGGGACGUCCUUGUGAUACUGAAGCAGGUGGAAGGUAAUUACUUGGAGUGCCGGAAGGGAGCCGCCGCUGGCAGAGUUCACCUGUCUCACAUGAAGAUCAUCACCCCACUUGAUGAACAUCUCAGAAGCAGGCCGAACGAUCCAAGCCACGCUCAGAAGCCUGUUGACAGUGGUGCCCCUCAUGCUGUCGUUCUUCAUGAUUUUCCGGCAGAGCAAGUUGAUGAUUUGAACCUCACUUCAGGAGAAAUUGUUUAUCUUCUGGAAAAAAUAGGUACAGAUUGGUACAGGGGGAAAUGUAGAAACCAGACUGGUGUAUUUCCUGCCACCUACGUCAAAGUGAUUACUGAUGUUCCAGGAGGAAAUGGGAAAAGGGAAUCCGUCACAUCUCAUUGUGUUAAAGGCCCAAGAUGUGUUGCUCGAUUUGAGUAUAUUGGAGACCAGAAGGAUGAGUUAAGUUUCUCAGAGGGAGAAAUUAUUAUUCUUAAAGAGUAUGUGAAUGACGAGUGGGCAAGAGGAGAACUUCGAGAGAGAUCUGGGAUCUUCCCCCUUAACUUCGUGGAACUCAUUGAGGAUCAUCCCACCUCUGGUACAAAUGUUUUAAGCACAAAGGUACCACUGAAAACCAAAAAAGAAGAUUCUGGUGCAAAUUAUCAGAAGAACAGUCUUUCUGCAGAAUGGUGCGAAGCUCUUCACAGUUUCACAGCGGAGACCAGUGACGACUUGUCCUUCAAGAGGGGAGACCAGAUCCUGAUCAUGGAACGUGUGGACUCCGACUGGUACAAGGGCAGACUGCGCGACAGGGAGGGCAUCUUCCCCGCAGUCUUCGUGCGGCCCUGCCCAGCUGAGGCUAAAAGUACGGCUGCUUUAGCACUGAAGGGGAGGAAGGCCAAAGCCUUGUAUGAUUUCCAUGGGGAGAAUGAAGAUGAGCUUUCCUUCAAGGCUGGAGACAUAAUAACAGAGCUGGAAUCUGUAGAUGAUGACUGGAUGAGUGGAGAAUUGAUGGGAAAAUCUGGAAUAUUUCCCAAAACCUACAUUCAGUUUUUACAAGUCGGCUAAAGGUGAAGCUUGACUGUGUUCCUUGGCACAAGAACUCACUUGAACUAUCACUUUGACUAUCAGAUAUGUUUUUGCACUAUUUUUUUAAACUGAAAGAAAUAUCUAUGCUGUACAUGGUAUACUAGAACUUUCUGAAAGCAGAAAACAUCUGAUUUUGUAGUUAGCUUUCAUUCACAGUAGAAAUGUGCGCACGGAAACCCAUGAGCACAUUUCUACCAAGGAGGACAUCAAGCAGGAUUAGCAAGGCAGGCAGACCCUUCCCCCGGGAAAGUGUCUGGUGACAGGGCAGCAUGAGGACACUUAGAAGCAGAAGUUGCACUUGGACCUCUGUGUUCAUCAGCACAAGUAAAUUAACCUGCUUCUUCAUUUUCUACUUUAGUUUUAAAAGAGGAUAUUUGUUAUUCUGCAUGCUGUAACUAUCAGGCCAAUGGUUGGUAACCUAAAUUUCAUCACUGAUAUUCAAAUUAAUUCUAACAGCUUGAGCGCAUUAUCCUUAUUACUGGAGCAAAGCCUUGCUCCAGGAGAGGGUAGUUCAUUGACUAGUGGGAGCCUUUGUGAGCACAUGGUGAAUCAGCUCACAGUCACCACAUGCGCCUGUGGUAGCAGGUGUUUCCCCUUUGUCCCAGUGUUUGAAAGGUAUUGAAAUUUGAUGUAUCUUAGUCAAAAGAACCAAAACCAUCCUGAAAUGCCUUGCUAAUACAACUAACCCUUCCACAUACCUACAGUACUUAAUUUCUUUCCUCUGUGUAUACUUUAUGUUAACAGGGUUAUUAUAAGCACAUUUUCUGAAUCUGCAAUCAUUCUUUUGACAAUUACUGGUACCCAAAGAAAAAUUCAUUUUCUUUGAGUUACCCCAGUAAUAUAUAAAACUAUGUCUUGUUAUAGUGGUACAUUAUGAAUCACAUAUAUCUCAGAAUACAGAGCAACUGUUAAGAUGGAAAACAAUGCCAAACCCCCAGCUCAUUCUUCCAAGUAUAAUCAGAGCGAAAAAUAAUUUGAGAAUCUGAAGGCUGAUACUUUUGGGGUUGUUUUCUUUUUUCUCCAGCUCUUCCCUGCACAGUUAUUAGAGUAAAUAAAAAACCACUUUCCUGCUAUCCAUUGUUAUGCAUUCCAGGCUUAAGAUAAAAGUGGUUCCUUGCAACACUGAAUCAAUUACAGUUUAUGGGCUAAAGCCAAAUAGGUCGAAGACAAUCUUCCGAACAGAUCAAUGGAACAGAACUUCAUUGAAAAUGUAAAACACUUUCCCAACUAUGUUCAUAACUUUCUUCUAUUUUUGAGAAGAGUUUCAUAUGCUGGGCCACUUUUUAGCUUUUGUUUUUGUUUCCACUGUCUGAAUUCAAAGUUAGGCAGUAAGUGGUGAAACCAUCAUGUGAACACCAUGUGGGGUUCUGUAAGGGAGGAGAUAUUUACUCUGUCUUUUAUUAAAGCUCAUUUCCCAGUAUAUGGUUAAAAUUGAUUUUGGAAUAUGGGGGCUGUUUGUUCUACAUGUUUUGGGUAAAGAGGACAGUAUAAAGAAAACUGGUCAAAUUUCACUCAAGUUAUUUCAUAAGAAAUGGAUGACUUAAAGCAUAUUAUCCCAACUAAAUUCCUAUUUGCAGCAAGCUUGUACAACAGCAGGAAAGAGAGAAGUGGGGGGGUAGUGUCUGGGAUAGGACAUGAGGUAUAUUUCUUUGCCUGUGUAAUUUUAACAUCUUAUAUCAAAGAUCAUGAAAACCUAGCUUUACUGGAGAAAAAUAUUCCUUUUAAAUUUUGGCCUCUGUCAGCAGAAUAAGUGCAAUAGUUGUAAAUCUACUUGACACUAUAAUAAACCGAACUGAACUUUUCAAA